CCCUUGCUUCGUCUUCAGCUCGUCCAACACUGAAGUCUGUGGGGUUUUCAUUUCAAUCUUCUCCCUCAAUUACUUCGUUUCAACUGAAAAAUGACGAAGUUCAGGAAGCUUGGUCGACCUACGGGUCAUCGAAUGUCUAUGCUCAGAACAAUGGUGUCGCAGUUGGUGAAGCACGAGCGUAUCGAAACCACUGUUGCCAAGGCUAAAGAGGUCCGCAGACUUGCAGAUAACAUGGUCCAGCUCGGGAAAGAGGGUACCCUGUGUGCUGCAAGGCGUGCAGCCAGCUUUGUGCGUGGAGAUGAUGUUCUUCACAAGCUGUUUACAGAACUGGCUUACCGAUACAAGGAUAGAGCAGGUGGAUACACUAGAGUGCUUCGGACUCGGAUUCGAGUGGGGGACGCUGCACCAAUGGCUUACAUUGAGUUUAUUGACAGAGAAAAUGAGCUGAGGCAGUCAAAGCCACCAACUUCUCAACCACCACCGAGAGCUCCUCUUGAUCCGUGGACACGAUCCCGUCUCACCAGGCAAUAUGCAGCACCAAAGGAGGAGAAAUCUGACUCUGAUGUAUGAUUGUUUUUAAUGUAAUCCUGCUGCUCCUUCAUAGAAUGCCUUGUUUUUUUUUUUUUUUUCUGGUUUCAAUUCUCUCUUAUACUUUCACCAUACAUAAAGCAAUUUUUUCUGUCUUGGUGGGAAAGGGUUCAUUGAUAUGUAAAAUAAUCUGUCUGAAAUUCUGAUCUGAGAGUGGAAAAGCAAUAUCUGAGAUCUAUGUUGUUAUCUCUCUUUCUCUCUCUCUCUCACAACCAGAAAAGAGUUGAUGCAAACUGGACGUGUCAGAGAAGGGUGUCUCCCUUAGGUUACUUGGAUGGAAAUCAAAGAACUUCAUUUUAUCUUGUUGGCAAUGGUAAUUGGUAAUGGUCUGUAUCAAGAGUGUGAAGCUGUUAGGUUUUGAGGGAUGAUAUUGUUGAUCUGUUGUAGGCAAUUGUGUGGUUCAGUAGAUGAGGUGCCUCCUGGAAUAUUGCAUUUUCCUUGAAUUCAAAUACCUUUGCACGCCCUGUUGUUGCUUUUAAUUCUUGCCUUUGAAGAUGAA